CGCCGCGCGAGGCUGCCCAAACGCGCGCACCGGUGGCCGCACACGUGCGCGAUGCACCGCACGGCCCGCCUGCUGCGGCUGCUCGCCGCGGUGUCCACCGCUGCGCACGAGAUCCGGCUCGAGCUGGAGCAGGGGCCGGCCUACCUCACUUUUAGGGAGGGCGACGACCUCGAACACAUCGCGGACGCCUUCGCGGCGAAGCACGACCUCAAGGGCGGCGAGGGAUGCGUGGGGAGGGACUGCGUCGUGCGGAUGCUGACGAGCGCGAUGCGGAUCGAGAUGGACGGCGGCGGCGUCGGCGUGAACCGCGUGAGCGUGUCGGGCGUCGAGUACCGGCGGCAGGGCGCCUUGGAGGUCGCGCGGCAAGCACAACUUUCACGACCGCCGGCGGCUGUGACGGCAGAACCGCGGCACGUAAGCGCGCCGUGCGCGCCCCCGUUCUGUUCGUUCGAAUGCGCCACAAACGACGCGUUAGUGGAGGAGCGCGUGGCGCGCGACUUCAUCGAGGACGACCCUGAACUCCGGGAGCUCAUGCGCGGGUAUCCGCCUCCCAGAAAAUGCUCCCACUCUCUAUACCCGAUCUUCAUCGGGAUCCCCCGUAGUGAAGUGGUGGACUGCGUGCCGCGCAAGUACUACGGGUUUAGGGGAGGCCACCACUCAAAAUUCGGCGACCGCGCCUACGCGUUUGGUCCCCAUGAAGAAAGUGAAUACAAGCGCGCCUAUAGAGAAAGCUACUUCGGCUCCACGAAAAAGAAGGCCGGCUGGGACUGCAUGCGCCACUACGAGAUCGUGGCGAGCGGCGCCGUGCCCUUCUUCGACGAGGACCCGACGCAAGCGCCGUCGGCCACGCUCGCGUUUUGGCCCAAAAGACUGUUGAGGGAUCUGCGGACCUGGCCCGGCGUGUUUCCGAAUGGAACCGUGGACGUCGAUGUAUUAGAUGCGAGCGGCUCCUACAGUAAACUCGCCGCGGGGCUCCUGACGUAUUUGCGGGAGCGGCUUACUACCGAAGCUCUCGCGCGGUACAUCCUCGAGACCAUGGGCCAGGCCCAGGCUCGCAAAGUCCUAAUUCUGUCGGCGCACCCCGCCCCGGACUUCCUCCGCGAGUCCGUGGUCCACGGCUUCCGGCAGCGGCUUGGAGCGGAAGCGGUCGACUUCAUCAAGCCCCUUCACUUGUACGAGCCGCGCGUCGCGGCGCCCUGGGAUCUGGCGGCGCGGUCCGAACUGUAUGGCAACGGCUUCACCUACGCCUAUCGCCUGCGCGACGACCCGCGCGUGGACCGGUCCGAUAUUGCGAAGAGGCUCCGCGACCACUUUUUCGACGUCGUGGUCUACGCGUCGGUGCACCGCGGUUUACCGUAUUUUGACGUCGUGCGGGAGCAUUAUGGAUACGACGAAAUCGCCUUUGUUGAUGGCGAGGAUGAGCACGGGUGGUCGAACUUCUCGGUGGGGCUGCCGGCCGUCGGCCACUACUUCAUGCGCGAGCUGCCGGACGGGUGCCCGCCUGAUAUUGAGGUGGGGGAGGGGUUCUUUAGCGGCGGGUAA